GGAGCAGUCAGUCGAGACGCAGCCGUCCGAGAGUGUGCUGCUGCAGGCGGCGCUCGCGUCCGCGUGAUAUACACACCGAGACUUACGUUAUACAGAAAGAGCGAGCGAAAAUUCGCGCGCGCUGACGAGUCUCGGCCCGCGCCGGGCGCUCGAUUGAUAUCUCUCUCUCUCUCUCUCUCUCGUCUGCGCUGAGUGACUCGUAUCAUCUCUCUCAGUGUCCGUAGUCUGCUGCUCCGGUCCGGAGGUUGGUUCCUCGACAUGGACCGCAGCUCGAAGUUCGUGCUGCGCAAGAUCGUCAUCGACUUCGUCUGCCUGUUCGUCGUGGGCAUGACGGUGCUGAUGUUCUACCUGUUCGGCAAACCGUACGAGCGGGGCUUCUUCUGCAACGACGAGUCGCUAAGCCACCCGUUCCACGACUCUACGGUCACCAGUCCAAUGCUCUACGUCAUCGGGCUUUUCCUUCCAAUCUGCACGAUGAUGGUGUUCGAGUUCAGUCACUGGAAGAGGGUGAGCAGUUCGGCGCCGCUGGUACUUUUUGGCUUCAACAUUCCGUCUUGGAUGAGCGCCGCUUAUACUAAGAUCGGGAUGUUCGGCUUCGGAGCUGCGAUCACGGUGCUGACGACCGACGUGGCCAAGUACACGGUGGGAAGGCUGCGGCCGCACUUUCUGACCCUCUGCCAGCCGAACAUCGACUGCAGCCUGCCGCAGAACCAACACCGCUACAUCGAGGAUUUCGAGUGCACGGCCUCCGGGGUCUCCAAAAAGUUGCUCAAGGAACUCAGGCUGUCCUUCCCUUCGGGGCACUCAUCCUUCUCGGCCUACACCAUGGUCUACUUAGCGCUUUACCUGCAACUGCGACUCACGUGGAAGGGCAGUAAGCUGCUGAGGCACUUGCUGCAGUUCAUCUGCAUCAUGAUGGCAUGGUUCACGGCGAUGACGCGGAUCUCGAACUACAAGCAUCACUGGAGCGACGUCCUCGCCGGCUCGACCAUAGGGACUGUCAUCGCUCUUAUCAUGGUAUUCGGCGUAGCUGACCUCUUCAAGGAGCGACGAUCAAGCGACGACAGCCGCAUACGCGCGGGCUCCCAGCAACAGCAGCAGCAACAACACGAGGAGAAGGUGCGCGCGGUCGACUACGAGGUGGCCGCAUCAUCCGAGGGCACGCAGCUCGAAUCCACCCCAUUGAGAAGUGAAUCUCCAAACUAUGGUGGUAUUAGCAUCUCGGAAGAAUUGGGAAGUACUCGACGAAACAGAUGAAAGUGCAAUCAAUUAUUAAAUUUUUUACUUUGUUAUAUAUUGUGUAUGCAUGUAUGUACUUGAAUAUACAUAAGUUACGUAAUAAAACUGAUUUUUUAGAAAAAUUCAAAAUCACGUGCAAUUGGCGCUACUGCGCAUAUUCAACAUGGCGUCCCGUCUCGCAUAAUUAAUUUUUACACAUGUCACAUCUCAGCUGUUGUAGUACGAAAUAAAAAGAAUUACUCGUAGUUUGAUAUUAAUUUUUAUGUUAAAAAUAUUUAUUGUUACAAACAAUCGAACGUCCAUUUACGUUACAUCGACAUUGUUAAAGGAAAUAUAAAUGUACCAGCAAGUGACGUGACCGUGAAAACAAGUGAUUAUGUGAUGAAUGCUACCAUUACGUUUUUGUUUUAUUUCAUUCAUUGAUAAGAGGAGAUAUUAUUGUUAUGCUUAUGCGCAAUCUGCAGAGUGUAAAUGCCCUUUAUUUGUUAUGUGGCCUUGUACUCUGUCUGAUUCUUAUGGUGCAAAUCAGGCAGAUUUAUGACAACAAAUUAAAGUACAACCGAUAUCUUGGUUAUAAGCAAUUUAUGAAUGAGAUAUCAACUGAGAUGAUAGAAGUUGAGAAGUCCGUCAAUAAAUCCACUUCGUACAUCCAUCGACUGAAUGAGGCUUUGCUAAAGCAGCACGA